UACGUGGAGACAUACAUUUCAGGUCUCAGAUUUUUCAGCUCUGUCGUCUAUCUUCUCUCUUCUGUGUUCUUUGAGGACCAACGGAGGGAUAUGCUAUCAUUUUAUUCAACGGAAUGAACAUCAUCCUUAUCGCCUCACUGCUGAGUGCAGCCACGUUUGUCCUCCAUGUUGCUGCAUCUAAAGAAUCUCUGGAGGCCGGUGUGUCUGUGAGGCCCCCGGGGCCUAACAUCUACCUCAGCGAGUGUGUGCUGCUACAGUGCACAGUGGAGUCACACUGUACUUCUGUGAAGAGCUACCGGUGGUACAGGGCCAAACCACUUGCCAUUCCAAACCGCAGGCACCUGGUCUCUGGUGACAGCUACUACAUCAGCGCUGUAACAAGGGAGGAUGCUGACAGUUACUGGUGCCAAGCUAAGUGUCAGGAGAAUAAGACUGUGUUAUUUGUGGACGUCCGGCCGGUCACACUCAGUGUGUCAGAGCGCCCCCCCUCCUCACUGUCUCUUACUCCCAACACCAGGCAGAUGCUCAGAGGGGAACAGUUCACCAUACAAUGUCCCGCCUCUGAGACUUACUCCUCGAUCUGGAAGCUGCUGCAUUUCUCUCCAGACCGCUCGGCGGGUACCACAGUCGUUGCUGUCCAACAUUCACUACCAGGAGGUGGUGUUCCUGCAGACAAAUCGGUGUUUGUGUUCAUUGCUGCCACUUGGAACAGUGGACUGUACUGGUGUGAGGGGCCUGAGGGUCGCAGCAAUGCAGUCAACAUCACAGUAAGCUGUGAGUCUUGUGAAACAGAGAUGUUAAAGGACAAACUGAGGGAGGAACCAUCUGGUCCAGACAGACCCCCUGUUACGCAGUGUGUCAAAGGGUCCAAGGGGUUAAAAAUGUUUCUGAAACAAAGGUUGAAGAGCGAGUCAAAGAUUAAUCAUGUCCAAUGUGUUUGUCCCACAGAUGGCAACAUCACCUUGAAGACUCCUGCCUCUCCUGUGGCUGUGGGCGAUGACGUAGGCUUGUAUUGUCAGUACCAGGCAGGCAACAGCACUGAGACGCGCUUCUUUAAAAACGGAGCAGAAAUCCACACUCAUAUCUCUGCCAGUUCAGACAGAGUCGUCGUGAUGGCGAUUCAGAAUGUGACACAGGACGAUGAGGGCUUUUACAAGUGUGCGUCGCACGACAGAAAGAUGCAGAGUCCAGAGAGCUGGUUAUCAGUGAGACCUGACAGAGGUCAGGCAUUUGAAGGCAAUUUGACUUCAUCAGAAGAGACACCAGACUCCACUAGUGACACCUGGAAAUGGAUCACACUCUCAUUUGGGAUUCUAUUUCUGUUCCUCGUCCCUCUUACAGUUUGGCUCGUUUAUCACUACAGGUACCAGAUGUUUUGCACCCGUAUCUGCUGGUCGCUUUACAAACAGGAGGUGCGAGCAGAGAAGCUUCCUGCGACCAUACAGGAUGCGACAGAAGUGCAGUGGGACCUGUCCUGGAUGGAGAUGACCAAUCUACUGGAUAAGAAUCGUGGCACUUAAAGGGAUAUUCUCACCCAAUUUAUAUACAGGAUAUUAUACUAAAUAGUGUUAAACCAAUGAGAUUGUUCAGUCAGUCGGUGUCUUUUCUUGCAUGAUGUAAGACAUUUUUUUUAAAGAACGCAAUGGUCACAUGUCAGAGUUUGUGUUUUCUUUGGGUGGCUGUGAG